CAGCCCCGCCCCGCCGCCGCCGCCACCGGGCCCGGAGGAGCCGCCGCCACCGCCGCCACUAUGUCGCCCCAGCCGCCCCCCAGCUCCUGCGAUACCUUCGUGGCGCUGCCGCCCGCCGCGGCGGGGGGUCGCGUCGUCUUCGGGAAGAACUCGGACCGGCCGGCGGGGGGGGGGCAGGAGGGGGGGGAUUUCCCGGCCGCCGUCCACCCGCCCGGCGCCGAGCUGGAGUGCACCUACAUGAGGAUCGGCCAGGCAGAGCGGACGCACGCCGUGGUGCUGAGCCGGCCCGCCUGGCUGUGGGGCGCCGAGAUGGGCGCCAACGAGCACGGCCUCUGCAUCGGGAACGAAGCCGUGUGGGGCAGAGAGGAGGUGGGCGACGGCGAGGCGCUCCUCGGCAUGGACCUCGUCAGGCUUGGACUCGAGAGAGCAGACACAGCUGAAAAGGCUGUUACCGUCAUAGUUGAUUUGCUAGAAAAAUAUGGACAGGGAGGAAACUGUAUGGAGAGCCAGAUGGCAUUUACGUACCAUAACAGUUUUCUGAUAGCUGACAGAAAGGAAGCAUGGGUGCUGGAGACAUCAGGAAAAUACUGGGCAGCAGAAAAAGUAGAAGGAGGUGUACGGAAUAUUUCCAACCAGCUCUCUAUCACAACCAAGAUUGACAGAGAACACCCAGAGCUGAAGGAAUAUGCCAAAAGCAAGGGCUGGUGGGACGGGGAAAAGGAAUUUGAUUUUGCUGCCACAUAUUCUUAUGUAAAUACUGCCAGAAUGACCACAUCCAGAGGCCGAUACUGUGAAGGCUAUAAACUUCUGAACAAACACAAAGGAUCUAUCACUUCUGAAAUAAUGAUGGAAAUUCUUCGUGACAAAGAGAGUGGCAUUAACAUGGAAGGUGGAUUUAUGACAACUGGAAGCAUGGUGUCUGUAUUGCCUCAGCAGCCGGAUCUCCCAUGUAUUCACUACUUCACUGGAACUCCAGAUCCUGCGAGGUCUGUAUUUAAGCCUUUCAUUUUUGCACCCAAUAUGACUCAGUUAUCAAAAACUAGCUCCCCUACAUUUGGGCACGAUGAUCCAGUUAAGAAGCAACCACGUUUUCAGAGUAAGCCAGAUCGAAGACAUGAGCUCUAUAAAAAACAUGAAAGUGCUGCUGUAGUUAUGGAAACUAUGGAGGGCAAAGGUAAAGAGAUGCUGAAUGGGAUACAGGAAUUGGAAAAACAGAAGAUAAGUGAAAUGGAAUCAAUCCUGCAAAAGGGAUGUCUUGACACUGACCAAGUGGUUAACCUUUUUUCACAGUGUGUAGAAGAAGAACUCAAGAUAUAUAGCUAAAACUACUAUUCAAAUGUGGUAAAAUUCAGCUUUAUGAUUACCUUCCCUAAUGAAGCAGCUAUAGAUUACAUCCUGUUUUCAAUAUACCAAUUAGUAUGGACAGUUUUAAAGAUGUAGAUUUAUAUUCAGGCCCAACAGCUUUUGACUGUAUGAAGCAAUACUGAAAAGGCUCUUAAGAGCUAGGCAGGGGCUUUGGCUGUACGUGGCAUGACGCUGUCAGCAGAGAUUGAUUUUGCCAACAAACAGAUACAAUUUGAAUGGGAUAAAUUGUGGAACCACCCCAUCUCUGGAUGAAGAACACUAACUCAGAUUUGGAGAACUCUGUUCUAGUGUACACACAUGUAGCUUUUAUAGUCAAGAUAACUGUAACAGAACUUCAUGUUGUCUGGAUUAAAAUGGCCAUGCUGAAGGACCUUCCUAAAAUUGCACUGAAUAAAAAGGAAAGUGAUACGCAAGUCAAGUAAGAUUGGUUUUAUCAAGCAGCAGAAUAUCAUUCUAAGAUACAUCUCAUAUAAGAAACUUCUAGGCCUUCAAUGUAAAAUGAGACUAAGAGUUCAAAGUAUAUUAAAAACAAACUACCCCAUGGUUUGUUGUGAAAUCUGAUUACGUGGAAUUCAACAAUGCAAGCAUCCUGCAAAUUACCACACAAUUUUCAUUUCCCUAUUUUCCUCACCCUGCUACUGAAAAAUAAAUUAACUUAUUUACAUACCAGUAUGAUUAUUGUCAAAUUAAUUCUGCAAUACACUUUAUAACAUCACGUGGGAUUUUUGAAAUGUUUCUUAAAUUGUUACUUUUUAAAAUCAGGCAACUAGAAAAAAAGAGUCUGGGGUAUGCAAGUAUAUACAUGUACUCAGCAGGACACUUAAAAGUCUUUUUAAAUAUUUUCACUUCAUCUAAGGCAUUUUAACCAUGACUUUUCUUGCUGAAAUUACUAGACUAUGGAGUUAAUUUAAUCAAUUUUUUUUCCCUGCAAGGUAGUCUUCCUCCCUGAUCCUGUUUAAAAGUAAUGAUUAGUAUGUGACAUUACUUUUGUUAUCUGUGACAAGGGACAAACUGAGGAAACAACAAAGAAAGAAGAUUGUAGCUUUACUACAUGAUCAAGCAGGAUGAAAAGUAAGACUGGGAGGGAAAAAAAAAAAAACAACACAAAAACCAGGACUUCUGCAAGCCUUUGGAAGAG